GCGGUGUGGUACAGGGGAGGGGGGCCGGGCGGAUUUCAAGAUGGCCGCGCACUGGACUGUCAUUUAGCUUCCCGUUUCUGUAUCCGGCCACACUGUCCACGGAAGAAAGUGUUUUUUCCCCUCUCUCCAGCUGAGACGUGAAUCUAGCAUCUGGCCCUGUCGAAUGCGCCUCUCUCACUGGAGACGCUUUCUUUUUAACCUCUCCUUCCUGGGAUUUAACUGCCUUUUUGUGGGGGGACUGGGAAAUGGGGUUGCUAUGGAAACUCUAAUAAUCAAAUUCCCUUACACGGAGAAGCUUGCCGCCGUUGGUCAUAUAUUGUAACUGCAGGAUUUGCCGCGCGGACCCGCAGUAUGAAGCAGGCAGGGACGCGGCGGACCGCAACUGUCCAGGGAGGGCUGUCCUCUUCGCACAUGCUUGGCCCUGGCUCACCGCACUCGGGCCCUCGCACCCCGUCGCCCUCCCCGGCGAGCGGCCGCCCCCGGGAGAAAGGGCACCGCAGCCUCCGGCAGGACCUGUCCGAGGACAGCGAUGGCGGCGGCUCAGCAGACCUACACACUGACGAGCAGAGAAGUCCUGGGAUACGCUACAUCACUGAGGGCCUCCUAAAGACGUUAUCCAAGCAGGACAAUCUUGCCUUGGUACAGUCCCUAAACCUGUCUCUGGCAAAAAGUGGAGGCAAAAAGUUCAAGUUUAUUGAAAACCUGGAGAAAUGUGAGAGACUGCAGGUGCUGAACCUCAGUCACAAUCUGAUUGAAAAGAUCGAGAAGCUUGAAAAACUGCACAGGCUGCGAGAGCUCAACCUGUCUCACAACCGGAUCAGUAAAAUUGAAGGACUGGAACACAUGGUGAGCCUCCAUCAUCUGAACCUGAGCAGCAAUGCGAUCGAACACGUGCCUGCGUGGGUGGGCAAAAAACUGCGGUCUCUGCAGACCCUCCACCUGAAACAGAACAGUAUAUCCUCGCUCCAUGAGAUCACCAAGCUGAAGCUGCUGAAGAACCUCACUGCCCUGACAGUGGCGGAGAAUCCCAUCGCCAACCUCCCCCACUGCCGCCUGUUCGUCAUCUUCCACCUGCGGGCUCUGGAGCAGCUGGACGGGCGGCCGGUCACCGAGCAGGAGCGCCAGCAGGCCCACCAGCGUUUCCACCUAGAGGAGCUGGAGCGCCUGGAGCAGGAGCUGGAGGGCCGGCAGCAGGAGGUCACCGAGCUGAGGGAGGCUCAGGCUGCGGCCCGGGAGCAGCUGGGCCAGCAGGAGCUGCUCAGCAGGGGUCUGCAGCUGCAGAGCCGGGAGCAGAAGCAGAGCCAGGCCGAGCUGGAGAGGGAGCUGCACACCAAGGAUGAGCUGCUGCUCUCAUGGCUACUAGUAACUCUGUACCCUCUGCUCCAGCUGAAGCAAAAGACAGUGGAACUGACCAGAGCAUGCCAAAAGCAAUAUGAGCUGGAGCAAGAGUUGGCUUUCUAUAAAAUCGAUGCCAAAUUUGAACCCCUGGCUUACUAUCCAGAAGAGCUGCAGGAUUUGGAUGUGGAUAGCUCUCCUGGUGAGAGUCCCUAUAUUGGAAAGGCACGGUUCAAGAGGAAUGCCUUCGCCACCGAGACCUUCAUCGCAGACCGCAGACAGCAGGCCAGGGCUGGCCAGGUGGAGCUGGACUCGGGACGAGGAGAGAGGCCCAGUCUGCAGGACACUCUGAUCUUGCAAGAGCAUGCAGAAGAGCGUCUCGGGCAUCUCCAGAAGGAAAUCGAAAACGCUGAACACCAGAUCCUGCGAGCCACAGAGGAGCUGAAACAGCUGGAGGAGGCUGUGUCUCAGAAACGGAUCUCGGAGGCCGAGAAGGAGCAGCUCCGGCUGCAGCUGCGCAGGCAGAUCCAGCUGCUGGGCCAGCUGCGGCAGGAGGCGCAGCUGAUCGAGGAGCAGCUGGAGAGGCGGAGAGGGGAGAUGAGCGAGAGGUGGGGCGAGCUGGACCAGCUGCAGACGCUGCUGGACACCCUGGACCCCGGCGAUCCACACCAUGCUCAUGUGCAGGCUCAGAUGGUCAGUAAGGGCCAGCAGCUUGACAUGAUGAGCAGGCAGUACCGGGAGCUGGAGAACAGGCUGGAUGAGAUGCUCACCAGGAUUGCCAAGGAAACUGAAGAGAUAAAGGACUUGGAACAGCAGCUUACGGAUGGUCAGAUUGCAGCGAACGAGGCUCUGAAGCGCGACCUGGAGGGCAUCAUCGCCGGGCUGCAGGGGUACCUGGACGGGGUGAGGGGGCAGGCCGGCCUGGCCCAGGAGCAGUGCCGGGAGCUGGAAAGAGAGAGGGAUGCCCUGCGGCGCCGCUUGGGGGACACUGAGGAGCAGCGUCGGCAGCUGGAGAUCGUCGCCAUGGACGCGGAGAAUGCCCGAGAGGAGCUGGCGGAGCUGCGGCGCACCCUGGAGGAGGUGCAGGCGGAGAACGCCAGCCUGCGCGAGGCCCAGGGGCACCUCAGCGCCUACGAGGGCGAGCUGGAGGCCCAGCUCCGGGACCGCGACACCGAGGCCAGGCAGCUGGAGGAGGAGCUGGGACGCGUGCGGCACCUCAGUCAGAUGGAGAAGUCGGCCCUGCAGGCGGAGCUGGAGAAGGAGCGCCAGGCGCGGGAGAACGCCCUCGCCCAGGCCCAGCUGGCAGCCGAGAGGGAGCAGGAGAACCUGGAGCUUCUGCACCAGCUGAAUGAGCUGCAGGAGGAGAAGGGCUCUCUGACGGAGAAGCUGCAGGGGCUGCAGGGAGAGCUGGACCAGGCGCGGCAGACUCUGCUCCAUCCCGACGCGGUGCUGCGCCGCGUGGCGGAGCUGCAGAGGAAGAUCGCAACAGGCCUGGGAGAGAUCAGGGCCCACGCCGAGGGGGACGUGGUGGGCGGGAGCCUGGCUCAGCUGCAGCAGGAGCUGGCAAGGGUGCUGGCCCGCGCGGAGGAGGGGAGAGAGGAGGCGGUGCGGCGCCAGGGCAGGCUGACGCAGGAGAUGGGCGCGCUGAGGGAGAGGCUGCGCCGGGCCCAGGAGGAGUACAAGGCAGCCUGCGACAGGGCCGCAGAGGCCAGGGUGAGACAGAGGAGCGCGGGCGCCAUUUAGAGAUGCCAAAUUAGAAUUUAUAAUGAUGAUUGCUUACGCUUCUGUGGCGCUUUUCUGGACACUCCACUCAAAGCUUCGCAGGUAAUGGGGAUCCCCUCCACCCCCACCAGUGUGCAGCCCCACCUGUUUCCCUGCCUGGUGAGUUAGUACCCUGCUGAGGCAUAGGAGCAAACUUAUAAAACAUCUUGACAUCUUUGUUCAACUGUUAUACAUUUUAGUUGUCAGUUAAGCGAAACAAUAAACACGUUUAGAAAUGUUUAGAACAGUCUGCUGUAUUUAAUUCUGAGUUGCUUUUUUGACAAAUACUG